AACUAUAAACGCAACUAUUAAAAGUUGUGGUUUGAUUAAUCUAUGGUUAUAAUGAUUGUAUACAUGUGAAGUGUAUUUUGUAUAUUGUUAUUUAUCGUGUAUGUCUUGUAAAUUGUAAAAUAAUUGAUUUUUGAUCUAGUUAUUAAUACUACAUACAACUUUUUGUGAUCUGUUUCUUUUUUUUUAAUAAAUGUGUAAAAGUGAAAUGAUUCCAUAAUCUUGUGUUUGUAUUUAUUGUGCAAUCGUUUACGUGAAAGUGAAAGUUUAGAUAAAUCGAAUAAAAAACUAUCAAGUGUAUCUAAAAACAUGGGGGAUAAAUAUAAAAGAAAUUCUUCUGGAAAUGAAGCACCUCAUUCUCGAUUAUUCAUAAUUGGUUCUAAAGAUAUAAACGAAGAUAAUAUUAGAGAAGCUUUUAGAGAUUUCGGUCAUAUAAAAGAAGUUUGGGCUGUUAAAGAUAGAAAUACUGGAACUAAUAAAGGAAUAUUUUACGUGCAAUAUAGUAAGACGUCAGAGGCUGCUAGAGCAUUAGAAAAUAUGAAGGGGAAAUUUUUGGUGAACAGGACUAUUAAAGUAAUGAUUGCGUCUAGUCGCGAGGAAGGUUCAGUUAAAGGAGACGAUAACGAAGAAGAAAAUCUUAAAAGAUUGUUUAUCGUGGUAUCAAAAUCAGCUACUGAUAACGAAUUAUAUGAUUAUUUCAAACAAUUCGGAACUAUCGAAUAUAUAAGUAUCGUUAAAGAUAAAGAAAAUCAACAAAAUAAAGGAUUCGCUUAUGUAAAAUUCGUCAAAUUUUCCGACGCAGCUUUAGCUUUGGAAGAAUGUGAUAAAAAAUACAAGGCAGUUUUCGCACAACCCCGUAAACGCCGUGAGGAAAUUUAUAAAGAUAAUCGAUUUAAUCAAAUCGCAGAUCAAUCGUAUAAUCAAGACGUUAAUUGUCCGUCUUUCAAAGCUGACGGAAUCUAUAAAUUUUCAGUUAUUGCGGCUUCAAACGUUGGGCAAGAACAAUUGUGGAAACUGUUCGAUCUCGUCCCCAGUCUGGCUUAUUGCCAGUUCCGCAGCUCGGAGAGAAAUCGAAAUAUAUACGAGGUGGUUUACACGAAUUAUCAAUGGAGCAAAUACGCUUUGGGAAAAUUCAACGGAUUCGAAUACCCACCGAGAAAUCACCUGAUAGUGAAAUCCGAAAGUAAUAAAAAAACUUCAGGUUUUUUAUCGAAUAACGCCCCUUUAAAAAGAUCUGCUUCGCCCGUCGGACCUCCCUCUUCGAUCGCCACCGCGGAAAUUAUGCACCUGGCCGAAACUAUAGCUCAAGCUAGUACUUUGAUAGAAAAAGCGGGAUUUUCACCAGCUUUACUUCAAUCGAAAUUGGGUGGCAUCGCGUCUCAUUCUCAACCGGACGCGGAUUUUUGCGAUAAACCUCUACCCCCUCGUCAACCCCUUGCCGAUAUCGAUUCGAAAAUCGAAGCGAGGUGUUUUGUCAUUUGUACCCCGUCGCCGUUACGUAAUAGCGUGUUACAGGAUGUUUUUAGUAGAUUCGGGAAUCUCAUCGAGGUUUUUUUGUUAAAUCAAAAAACUUACGGUUAUGCUAAAUUCGCUUCCAGGGAAUCCGCGGAGCAGGCGAUAAAAACGUUACACGGUGUACAAGUUUUGGGUGUACGUCUAAAAGUUUUGGAAGCAGACGAACGACCAGAUAAAAGACAAAGAAUGGAAAAAGACAUUGACGAUUAAUAAAUUCGAAAUUUGACCGAUAAAAUCCGUUUUAACUAGACUUAUUAACAACAUGGACGAGAACAACUUUUUUUACCGACCGUACAAUUUUAGACUUACGAAACACAAAAAAAACACCAUUUUAGCGAUAAGACAUUUUAUUUAUAUUUAAUGUGAUGUAAAAAUAAAUCGAAUAAACGUGAAAAA